AUGUUUGGCAGAGCUCGACGAUGUCUUCGUCUCCUUGCCCCGAGUCACCGUGUCUAUACUCGCCAGGAAGGCAGGGAUUUUACCGUUCUCGCCGUAGAGUCAUCCGCCGAUGACACUUGCGCCGCAAUUGUCACCUCGGACCGCCAGAUUCUCUCUAAUGUGGUUGUGAGGCAGGAUUCUUUUCAUGCACCAUAUGGCGGGAUACACCCCUAUGUUGCCAUUGAGGCGCAUCAAUUGAACAUGCCAGGUGCGGUACAACAAGCAUUGGCGGAAGCAAACAUGGCAGUCACUGGCGUGGACGGCAUUGCCUUCACCCGCGGACCCGGUAUCGGUGGUUGUCUCAGCGUCGGCUCCAAUGCCGCUAAGACCCUUGCUGCCGCACUGAACAAACCGCUAGUGGGAGUUCAUCAUAUGCAAGCACACGCCCUGACGCCCUUCCUGACGACUCCCCUUGAGUCACUCCCAGAAUACCCCUUCCUCACGCUCCUCGUGUCUGGCGGACAUACGCUCCUGCUCCUCGCGACAACUCCGACCACGUUCCACACCCUCGCGACAGCGCUGGACGAGAGCAUCGGCCGCGCGUUCGACAAGGUCUCGCGCAUGCUUAAGCUGCAGUGGUCCGCGCUCGGGCCCGGGGCCGCUCUGGAACAGUUCUGCUUGGAAACUCCGGAUCCCGACGCGGAUGCUGGGGAGGCGAUUCCGGACAUCCCGCGACCUAUGCCUGGCAGGCUGGCGUUCUCAUACACCGGCCUGCACUCGACGGUGGAGCGGUACCUGCACUCUCGCGGUGGCACGGUGGGCGCGCCAACCCGGUUGGCACUGGCACGUGCGUUCCAGGAGGCAGCGGUGGGCCAGCUCGAGGACAAGCUCGCGCUAGGGCUUGAGCAGUGUCGAAGGCAGGGUGUGGAUAUACGCCACGUCGUCGUGAGCGGGGGUGUCGCGAGCAAUGCGUUUCUGCGAGAAAGAUUGCGCAUGUGCUUGGACGCCGCUAGCUCUGAUGUGCCUAUCUCACUGAUGUUUCCCCCACCGUCACUGUGCACUGACAACGCAGUAAUGAUUGCCUGGGCAUCCAUGGACCGGUUUCUCGCAGGCGAUACAGACGCAUAUUCGGUUGCGCUACGGGUGAAGUGGCCUAUCGAGGAGUUGGCUAUGUCCGCGUCUCCGCCUGGCACAGCGAACGACCAACAGUCAAAGUAG